AUGGCGCCCGCUGUUCGAGCUGAAGUGGCCCUGGUGUCGUUGAAGAAUUGUCUUGUCAAUUUGCCUCCAGGCUUGAUUGCCUUAAUCAGCAAUACUAAUAUACCUGCUCAAAAUGUAGUGGUCGAACUACAGUAUCGGUCUCCCACUCUCUCUUCUAGCGCUAUAUCCAGCGGAAACACUGCUGGAUUCCAACGAUCCGCUUAUGUUGGAUGGACCGGGAUGCCGAGUCGAACGAGACCAGCAUCUAUCAUUAGCAACGAUCGCGCUCGUCCCGGCAGCAGAGAGCAAGAUGUCCCAAUGGUCGAAAUUGAUGCGACCUUUGCCAAGUUACUCGGGCUCUCCGAAGGUCAGAAGGUCGGCAUUUUGAUCCAUCUCGACCCGCCAGUCGCCCAUAGCAUCAACAUUGAACCACUGACUCCGGCCGAUUGGGAGGCCAUUGAAUUGCAUGCCACGUUCUUGGAGCUCAAUCUUCUUUCGCAAAUUCGCGCCCUUCCCAAUCCCGCGUUCAGUAGCAAGGCUGCCGUCCAAGCCGAACAUACUCACCCUCUGACGUUGCACUUAUCACCCACGUCAACAGCCAACAUUAUUGUCACUUCGGUCGUACCACCCAUAUCCAGUACAUCACCAUUUGUGAAAAUUGCUCCAGACGCCGAAGUCAUCGUGGCACCUAAAACAAGACCACGAUCUGGUCGAAGCCAUAGGGGAGAUUCAAGGAGCAUUGCAAGCAGACGCAGUGGCAAAAGUGGCGUCAGCAAUGCGCGAUCGUCAAUUUCGAGGAGAGGGUCUACAAAAUCUGCAAUUUUCAUGCGUGCCCUUGAUCGAGCUACGGCAGAUGGAUUCUUCGACGACGCAUCCAAUUCGUCUCGGCACGAUAAACUUUCAAUCUGGGUGAGCAACGACGUGUUAGAAUCGGAGAGUCUGAAGUCAGCCACGUGGGUGAGUGUGGCCAUCGUCAAGCCUUCGGGCCUGCGAGUUCAAUUGGACUCCACUCAGAUCAACCAACUCAAAGAGGAGGAGAACAGCGAGGCUGGAAGACCGGCGUCGAAGCUUGUAGCUCGAGUUCUUCCCUGGCCGAAUCCUCUAGAUCAUCGACAUGUCGUACUUUCAUCUCUUUUGUGCAGGAUGCUCGGAGCUGAAGGCUUGGUUGGGAUGAUUGUCCGGAUCGAGGUUGCUGCGCCUCCAUUACCCCGAUAUUCUAUCGACAAGUUUCAAUUCUACCCUUUUCUCCCAUUGAAUUCCAAGAAGAAAGAGGAACUCAAAUUUGGUGGAGACUCCAGAGCCGCCAAACAAGCCACGGCCGACAAACUGCUAUUGACGUUUGCUGGUGAUGAAAGUUUGCUUUCAGGCCCUCUCACCGAUGGCAUGGUUUUGCCGCCAUCCGGAGACCCAUCAUCUACAUCCUUCGACGGAGGUAUUUUGAGAUUUCGUCGUCCAGCGGAAUUCGAAGGAGACCAUGACAACCUCUGCUUAUGGGUGCUUGGACAGGAGCAAGGGCGGGAACUUGAUGUCAAAGCUGAAGUGCCUCGUCCUUUGGAACUGACGGCCUUAUUUCCUUGCUUCGCCCACGGGAUCCCAGCUAGGCUACCCAGCUUGGUCGGUGUUGACGGGAUCUUGAAGCAGUCCAUAUCAAGCUUGACAUUAUGCUCUUCGGUUUUGUUGACCGGUGGUGUGGGAUCUGGCAAAACCUCGUUGGCGUAUCAUAUCUCGAGCCGACUUCGAGAGGACUACGCGUUUAACGUGACAUACUUCGCCUGUCAGAAAUUAGUCACCGAUGAGACCCGAGUCUCGACAGUAAAGGAGACUCUGACGAGAUUAUUCAUGUCAGCCUCCUGGUGUGCAAGACUGGGCGGACAGUCCGUGGUGGUUCUGGACGAUUUGGACAAGAUCUGUCCGGUGGAGACUGAACUGCAAGUUGGGAACGACAAUGGCCGCAGUCGUCAGAUCACCGAAGUUCUAUGUUCCAUUGUUCGCCAGUAUUGCAGUAUUCAUUCUGGCGUUGCUUUGCUGGCAACCGCACAGUCCAAAGAUGCUCUGAACAACAUCAUUAUUGGAGGGCACAUCGUGGGCGACAUCAUCGGUAUAACAGCUCCGACGAAAGAGGUCCGACGCGACAUUCUCGUCUCCUUGACGAAUGAUAGCUCGCAAGCUAAACGAGGUCAUUCACGAAAUCCCAGUGACACUCAAAGCAUGUCGGAGAGUUCGUGGAUGGAUCCAUCAAAUCCAUCUUCAAGACCUGGAUCUUCCUCAUCAUCUCGAAUUGAGGGCUUCGCUAUCUCCCCAAGUCUCGAUUUGCUCGAUAUUGCGGGGAAGACUGAUGGAUACAUGCCUGCUGACCUGGUUCUCCUGGUUUCCCGCGCCCGGAACGAGACUCUGACACGGAUCAUAUCCGGAAAUGACAAUUCAGAUGGGCCCCCCACGCUGACCAAGGCUGAUUUUGACACAGCAUUGAAGAACUUGACUCCGUCAUCGCUACGGAACGUCACUUUGACACAUUCGACCACCACGUUCUCCUCAAUCGGUGGACUGCACAGUACUCGAAAUACCUUGCUCGAGACUCUCCUAUAUCCUACAAAAUACGCCCCGAUCUUUGCCCGUUCCCCACUCCGUCUCCGGUCAGGUUUACUCCUAUAUGGCUAUCCCGGUUGCGGCAAGACGCUCCUUGCCUCGGCUGUCGCCGGGGAAUGUAAUCUCAAUUUCAUUUCUGUGAAAGGUCCCGAGAUUCUCAACAAAUACAUUGGGGCCUCGGAGAAGUCUGUGCGUGACCUAUUCGAGCGUGCGCAAGCAGCAAAACCAUGCGUUCUGUUCUUCGAUGAAUUCGACAGCAUCGCACCCAAGCGAGGACACGAUAGCACCGGCGUCACAGACCGUAUGGUGAACCAGAUGCUCACGCAAAUGGACGGCGCGGAGGGUUUAGAGGGUGUUUACGUCCUUGCAGCCACAUCACGACCUGAUCUGAUCGACCCAGCCCUUUUACGUCCGGGCCGAUUGGACAAGAGCCUCCUCUGUGAUAUGCCCGACAUGAACGACAGGCUCGACAUUCUGAGAGCUGUUAGUGCUAAGCUCCACCUGACGCCUGAAGUGGAGAAUCGCCUCCUAAGUGUGGCGCAGCGUACUGAGGGCUUCAGUGGCGCCGACUUGCAGGCGCUGAUGUACAACGCCCACGUCGAAGCUAUCCACGACCUUCUCGGUGACGCCAUCAGAUCAACGGACAAGGAUCAACGAAAAAGUAUGGGCAACGGCAACAAAGACUACAGUAGUAGCCGACGCCGCAAACGGCAUGGCGGCGACAAGCACGACUUCAUCCAAUUCCUAUACUCUCCCGAGGAAGACGCACGGGCAAAGAAACUCCCCACCUCGUCCGCCAUGGACUCCAAGGCGGCCGUCGCCGCGAAGCUCGAUGAGCUGAAACUUGCACGCAAGCGUGAAAAGGCCCUCCUCCGCAGCUCCUAUGUGCGUCAGACCUCGAAAACUUCACUCUCGUUCGACGAUGCUGAGCCCGCGAACCCGGGUGAUGAAAGCAAUGCUAAGGAAGAGGUCAUAAUCGAAUGGAGACAUGUUGAGAAAUCGCUGGCGACGACGAGGAGUUCUAUAUCGCCCGAAGAGAGGAGACGAUUGGCGGCGAUAUAUCGCGAGUUUGUGGUCGGGAGGAACGGUGAGAUGCCGAAUGGUGAGGGAGCAAGGGAAGUCGGUGGAAGGACGAGUUUGAUGUAA